GAUAAUGGCGGCGUCCUGGGUGUGUAAACACGCAGCACGGGUUUCUCAUUAUUACAGGAUUCAGCUAUAGAAUAGAUAGAAACACGCGGUGUGUAUGCAUAUAAAAAUAAAACUGAUAGGAGGAAGUCUUUAAGGCAUUGUGGAUGCAGCCUUUACCCUAAAGUCUUUUCAGUUUCCAUGGAUCCUCUCAGAUGGCAUUAAUAUUCACCACGUUUUUCCUUCUGACAUCCCUGUGAAAGCACUGCCAGGGGGCAGACACACACUGCCUGCUCCACAUCAGACCUGCAGACUAAAGUGCAAGCAGAGAAUCCAGCAGGACUUCCUUCUUCAUUUGUCUUCAGGGUUCAGUUUUGCACCAUCAUCUCAAACAUCAUCCUAAUGCCCAGUCUUCUAUCUGGGAGAGAAACUACUAUACAAACACCAUCUGAAGGUUUCUCCCACACACUUUUUUUAGACUCUUCACUAACCCUAACCCUUCACACCUCUGUGUGUGAGUAUGUCAGAUCCUGGAACGUUCAGUGACACGGCAAGUUUAGGAGGAACAGGACAGGAGGCAGAAACUGUUGGAGAUCCACCGCACAAUGAACCUCCUUCACCCUGCCCUGAACAGGAGGUGCAGCCAGUUACCAAAGAUCCAUCGCAUGAUGAAGGGAUGGAGAUAGACUUUGAUAAGCCUGAUCCAUGCACAGAGACAAUAACAGGAGGCAGUGAUGGUCAGGAUGCUGGAGGAAUCCAGGACAAAGAGGAUACUAGAGAAAGGCCUGGGCAAUUGACACACACAGAUGAAAAGUGGCAAGAAAAUGAAGAAACACUCACUGGGACUGAGGAGAGAGAGAGCGAGUUAGAAGAUAACCAGGAAAACACUAACACAGAACCCACGGAGUAUCAGCCUCAAUACCUAGGCCUGGAUUUCAGUCAGAACCUCCAGAUGUUAACAGGAUCAUGGGCAGAAUACACACAGACUACAGAGAACUACCUCAAAGGCUGCAAAUGGGCUCCAGAUGGUUCCUGUAUCCUCUCAAACAGCGCAGAUAAUGUGCUGCGUGUGUAUAAUCUCCCGCCCGAGCUCUACAGCAGCAGCUGGGAUCUGCUCUCAGAGAUGAGUCCAGCGCUGAGGAUGACUGAAGGAGACACCAUCUAUGACUAUUGCUGGUUUCCAAAGAUGAGUUCUUUGGAUCCAGACACCUGCUUUAUCGCUAGCAGUAGCCGUGACAACCCAGUCCACAUAUGGGACGCUUUCCAUGGCAACCUCCGCGCAACCUUUCGACCCUACAACCACCUGGAUGAGCUGACGGCGCCCCAUUCGUUGUGUUUCACUCCAGAUGGCUCGCAGCUUUAUUGCGGAUUUGAUAAGACCGUGAGGGUGUUCUACACCGAGCGCCCUGGCCGGGAUUGUGAGCAAAGGCCUACCGUCGUAAAGAAACAUGGCCAGAGUGGUAUAAUCUCAUGCAUGGCAUUUAGUCCAUCUCAGCCUGUGUAUGCUUGCGGUACAUAUUCACGCACGGUGGGUUUAUACUCAUGUGACGACGGAUCUAUGUUGGCCCUCCUCCCCCAACGCCACCAUGGUGGAGUCACACACCUGCUCUUCUCACCUGAUGGUAACCAUCUGUACACAGGCUCCCGUAAGGAUACAGAGAUCUUGUGUUGGGAUCUCAGAGACCCGGGUCAGAUUCUGUUCUCACUACCAAGAAUAGUGAGCACCAACCAGCGCAUUUACUUCGAUCUAGAUCCGUCUGGCCGGUACCUUGUGAGCGGAGACACGGAGGGAGUGAUGUCGGUGUGGGACAUACUCACAGCCCCUCCUGAUGCUAAUGAAGAGGUGCUUAGACCGGUGCUUCAGUUUCAGGCUCAUACAGACUGCGUUAAUGGCAUCAGUGUUCAUCCUUUUAUGCCAUUAGUGGCAUCCUGCAGUGGUCAGCGUCAGUUCACGUGGCCCGGAGACAGCGAUGACUCAGACUCCGAGGAGGACAGGAUGAUGACAUCCAGAGACAUCAAAAAGGACAAUGGGCUCGUGCUGUGGUGGGCAGGGCCACUGGGAUCAACCGGUGAACAGGGGCAGGAAGAAGGGAGCACGACUUGAGAGCUUAAACCUGAGCCAAGAGUUGCAAACAGCCUUGAUUGCAUCGAUGACUGUGGAAGGAAUGUGUGUGCCGCACAACAUUCUUUUAGAGACACUUUUACGAACAAUGAGCUGAAGACUUCAGUGAGGAGCUUGUAAUGUGUUUUAAAGUGAGGUCUUUCACAGAUUAGGAUGGAAUGUAAAAGUUGAAUUAAUUAAUAAAAAAAGCAAAGACCUAAGCCAGACCGUGAACUUUUUUUCAACCCAUUAGUGAAUUAGUUCAGUUUAAUGUGACCAAAUGCUUUUAGCUUUUUGUUUUGUUUUUGUUAAGGGAAUUGGAUUCUCUUUAGUGCUUGUGUUGCACAGAUUGCUCCUCAUUAGUGAUUUUAAUUGUUGUUUAUUUAUUUUUUCUUAACUCGCAGUGUUUGCUAAUUGUUUAUGGCAAAUGUAGGGGGAGAAAAAGGCUUUCUCCUCUUUUGAGAAGUAGAAAAAGACUUUUCCAUGAAUACCAAGUUUUUUAAAUGGUCAUGCUGGAGAUAUGGAGACGAAGCAAACACUGAAUCACUGCUUGGCAUUUGGUGUACUUUCUUCUUCGCUGCUCUCCCAAUCUAAUUCUUCUGCUCCAGUGAGACGAUGCAACAUUUAUUACAUCUUCUGUGUGUUGUUCGGCCCUGUGCAUCUGUAAAUCAUGUUUUUUUUUUACUUAAUGCUAACAUGGAGAGUUUUAUGUCUUGAGCCGCCCCUUAUUUCUUCAUAUUUUGCUACCAAAGAGCCAGACUUUAUUGUAUUUUUAAUGUAGUCUCGAGGAGUAUUUUUCUAGGCUUCCUAAAGGACUUCUUUGGCUCUAAUUUCUGGCUCACAUUUUUACCCCAGUCCCUAUACCUGAACAAUUUCAGAGGAAUGUUUUUGGUUUGUUAAACCACACAGUGAACUGUGAAUCAUUCAAGCAUAAAAAAAAAGUCUAACUUAAGUCCUGAACCAUUGAGAAAAACGUGUAAAUGAUGACGGAUGUUCGGGUGAUUAGCAUAUUGCUGAUGUGGAUGAAACAGACGAGAGGGGAAAUGAGGUUUCUACUGAGGUUAUUUCAAACAACCAAUAAAAUAUUUGAGCACUUUGCAGCCUAUUUCAUUAAAAAAAUUGUUCCAGUUUCUUUAAUUUAAUCUAAAUAUAAAAUCAUUUCAUUUAAUAUGAGGAAGGGGUGGUUCAAGACAAAGUAAAAACAGCUCUUGAGAGAUAUUUUUUUUGCUCUACAUCCCCACUGAGUCUGGAUGCCCACACAGAUGGACUGUGAUUGUAGU